AUGGGUGGUGCCAGCAGAGAAGGUGGCAAGGCUAAGCCUCUGAAGGCCACCAAGAAAGAAAAGAAGGAGCUUGAUGAGGACGAGCUUGCUUUCCGUGAGAAGCAGAAGGCCGAUCUCAAGGCUAAGAAGGAAAUGGCCGACCAGGCCAAGGGCAAGAAGGGUCCUCUGAACACUGGCCAGCAGGGCAUCAAGAAGUCUGGAAAGAAAUAA